CCGCGCGCUCCGAUAUGCUCUGAUGUUAUUUCAACAAGUGACUUGAUGUGAGUUAAUCAUUUUUUGUUCUUGAAUGUAAUUGUUCAGAAAAUUGACGCAGAGCGGGUUAAUCCAAGAUGGCAUGAUGCCCUCGCACGAUCCAGUGAUGAGCCGCGCGGUGCCAAUUACGCCGUGCAAACGAGGACAAUAUCUCGCAGGGGGGUAACAUAUGUUUAUUUUAUUUUUUUAAAUCUCCUAAUUUUGCAAUGAAAGUGUUAAACAUGAUUGUUCUGCUUUCUAAUUGGACUCCUCCCCACUACCUCGCCUUCUAAUUACCAUCCUGCUUUCUGGCUGCAUCACAAACUCUGAUAGAUAGCUAGAGAGAGAGAGAGAGAGUGAGAGAGAGAAAGAGAGGGGGAGAGAGAGAGAGAGAGAGAGAGAGAGAGAGAGAGAAAUUGAUUACCUUCCUGUCAGGAAUAACUGGUAACUGGUGGUCAAUCGCUGCUGCUUUUGGUGCAUCACCGUCCACCGGAUGGGUUCGGCUCAUGCCUCUUUGUGCGUCACGCUGGAUAAGUGGACCGGAGACGUGGUGAAACUGGUGGGAGUCAAAAGUGUCCCAGCAGCAUGCAUCUGAGCGGCAAACAUGCGGCGUGAGGGACACGUGUGAUACGAGCUGUGGAUUAUCUGUUCUUUUCUGUUUCAUCUCCUUUUAGAACUUUAGUUAAGUCUGUAAAACUUUCCUGCAAUAAUCGCUCCUGUCUAACUCACUUUAGUCAGGUGAGACGCGCUCCGCCGCCAUGACCUCUAAGGACGAGUCGAAAUGCCCCGCGGGGCUCGAGGAGCGGAGACGCAGUCCGCUAGAUCAGCUGCCGCCGCCGGCCAACUCCAACAAGCCACUGACGCCUUUCAGUAUCGAGGACAUCCUCAACAAGCCGUCAGUAAGAAGGAGCUACUCCCAUGUCUCACCCAGAGAGAAGCUGCCCUCGGUGGGCCACAGCCUGUCCGGCCGCGCGCUGCUCAGCCAAACAUCCCCGCUGUGCGCGCUGGAGGAGCUCGCCAGCAAAACCUUUAAGGGUCUGGAGGUCAGCGUUCUGCAGGCUGCAGAGGGCCGAGACGGCCUGACGAUGUUUGGUCAGAGGAACAACCCUAAGAAACGGCGGAAGUCACGCACAGCGUUCACUAACCACCAGAUCUACGAGCUGGAGAAGCGCUUUCUGUAUCAGAAGUACCUGAGCCCAGCAGACCGGGACCAGAUCGCCCAGCAGCUCGGCCUGACCAACGCACAGGUCAUCACCUGGUUUCAGAACCGGCGAGCAAAGCUCAAACGUGACCUGGAGGAGAUGAAAGCGGACGUUGAGUCCGCGAAGGCCGCAGGCUCUGUGGCCUUAGAUAAGCUAUCCAAGCUUGCAGAGCUGGAAAAGUGCGCGGCCGGGGUUAUAGGCGGGGGUAUGGUUUCAGUGCCAGGCCACACUGAACAUGACACUGUCCCCUCAAAGGCCGACAACCACACCACCGUGAGCCUUGCCUCCUGCAUACCGCACCGGUCGCCUCCUUCACCCUCGUCGGAGUGGUACGGGGACCGGCUGAGUAGCAAGUGCUGCUCGGAGGACGAAGAUGAGGAGAUUGACGUGGAUGACUAGACUUUGCCAGUGGUCAUCGAGACAGCCGUGUGAAAUUUCAAUCAGCCCGAUGUUCCAAACAGAAUCUCUUACUUUACCAGGAUUCCUUUCUUGAGGGGGGACAUUCAGUAGCCUAAUGCGUUGAAACUAUCCAGAAACAGUCGAGCUGUUUCGGUUUGGUAGAGCCAUAGGCCAGAGUCAAAACGCGCGCCACGCAACAGAGAGAAACAUCACAAGGACAAAACUCCAGGAAGCGACCAUACAGGUGCUCACUCAAACACACACGAGUAUGUUGAUUUAACUGUUUUGAAUCACUCAAAUAAAAUUCAACGCAUGUUUAAUUUGCUUUCAUUUUGGGUUCGAGCUGACUCCUUUCACCUUUUUGAUACAUGUCUAUAAUUUUUUCUAAAAUGAUAAUCAUAAAUAGAAUUUGUGUAGCUAAACCUUGUAAUAAAUGACAAUUUAAUAUAUUUAUAAUGCUUUGAAAAUCCCUAAAGUGCCUUUAAAUAUACACAACGCAUACAGCUGUUUUAAAUGUAAACUAUGAUGACAUUGUAAAAUAAAAUUACAAUUUUCAAAUAUUCA